CUCAUCCCUCCUCCACACCACCGGCCCCCUUAUAAAAUGCCACAUCAUGUCGUCAUGACUUGAUGAUGAGUAGCAUACUAUCAUAACUUCUGAUGAUGAUAAAUUCCCCUCCCCCCUUUCUCCGUUAGCUUCAGAUCGGAUGUUACUGGGAAGUCUCGCACAUAGUUUAAUAAGAUAAAAAAAAAACCACACAAAAAGCACAAAAAGUGAAGUGUCUCCAGAGAGAAAACACUAGAGAUAUUCAAAGAAGAAGCUCCAGGAGUUUUAUCAUUAUCAUCGAAGUCUUUCUACUUUGAACCCAGUUUCAUAAUGGGGGAGGAAGAGAAGAAACCAGUAGAGGAGAAGAAAAUGGAAGAGAAAAAGGCUGAAGAUGGAAAGAAAGAGGAUGCGAAACAGAAUGAAAAGCCAGCAGGGGAAAAGAAAGAAGAAAAGAAAGCUGAGGAACCAAAAGAUGUGAAAGAAUCCAAAGGUGAAUCCCCUGCUCCUCCUCAAGAGAUUGUCUUGAAGGUCUACAUGCAUUGCGAAGGCUGCGCACGCAAAGUCCGUAGGUGUCUCAGGGACUUUGAAGGGGUGGAAGAUGUAAUGACCGAUUGCAAGAGUAGUAAGGUGGUGGUGAAGGGAGAGAAAGCGGAUCCUUUAAAAGUUCUUGAGAGAGUUCAAAGGAAGAGCCAUAGGCAAGUUGAGCUUCUUUCACCUAUCCCUAAACCACCUGCACCAGAGGAGAAGAAAGCAGAGGAGAAAGAGAAGCCUAAGCCUGAAGACAAGAAAGAAGAGCCUCAGGUGAUCAUUGUGGUGCUCAAGGUUCACAUGCAUUGUGAAGCCUGUUCACAGAAAAUAAAAAAACGUAUUCAGAGAAUGAAAGGGGUAGAAUCAGCAGAACCAGAUCUAAAGAGUUCAAAGGUGACAGUGAAGGGAGUGUUUGAUCCACCAAAACUGGUAGAGUAUGUGUACAAGAGAACCGGGAAGCACGCGUUGAUAGUGAAGCAAGAGCCAGAGAAGAAGAAAGAAGAAGAAAAAGCCAAAGAUGUCAACAAAGAAGAGAAAAAAGGUGAAGAAAGUGGUAACAGAGAAAAGAAACAAGCCGGUGGAGAAGACAACAAAGACAGGAAAGGAGGUGACAGCACGGAAGCCAACACAGCAGCAGCCCCGGAAGGUGCGACAGAAGAGACCAUAGUGGCUGUGGAAGUCAAGAAAAAUGAAUACAAUUACUUCCCACCGAGGUAUGCUCCAGAGUUUUAUGCAUACCCUCCUCAGAUCUUCAGUGAUGAGAACCCUAAUGCUUGCUCUGUUAUGUAAAAUACUCCAGGGUUCAGGGACAUUGUAGGAAUUGGGAUAAAAAAAUUGGGUCCUUGUCCUGCUCUUCAUGUGCCCUUCUUUGUACUGUGUGGGCUAUGGCUAUAAAAAAAGUAUAAUCUACAGACAAGCUGUAGAAUUUUGUAAGGCUUUGUACCUUUUUCUUCUCUUGAUGUUCUUAUAAAUAAAUAAAUAAUGAUAAA